CAGCGAAUCCCGAUACGGGUAUGAGCAAACAAGAGAUCCUAAACUGGACGCAACGCGUCGAACACGAUCCAGAGGAUGAUAGUUCUGAACUACCUUCAUUUGACUGGUCCAAGUUGCAUGAUGAUUGGCCUAGCUUCAUGGCAUUUGCGCAGAAACAGAUCACAAGCUCGAGUACAAAGUUGAGAAUUGCGUUCAUUCGUGGGAGAUUGUCGCCUGUGGCACUCAGAACGGAUUUGAACCUUUCUCAGACUAUGGACCUCUUUAAACUUGUUAUAAUGACACUACCGAGAUAUGUCGAUGCUCCUUCACGAGAGGCUGUCCUUCAGUUGGCCGUCGAUCUUGUCCGCCGCGAUGAGUUGCGCGGUAAGCCGGAAGGGGAACCCGAUUCCAACAAGAUGGGUGUAGCGGAGCAGAUAAUAGGAUGGCUCAAUGUUGAAGCAAAUAGGGUCUCGGUUUUACUGUCGUGGAUAUGCGCACUCUAUCCACUCAUUCUCUCUCUAAACCCCCUUUUCAUGGGUACUCCCGCCUGGGAAAAGCUGGUAACGGCAUUUUCUUUGAUUCUAGAUGCACAGCUGGAUCCAACUUGCUCGGUCAAACCUUCAAAAUCUGAUCAAUUCUUUCAGCAAAUUGACGGAAUUCCUGCGCUGGUGAACACGCUCUCUCCAUGGAUUCUCACUUCGACACCGAACAUGAAAGGUGUACCCCUUGUUGGGUUAGCGUUCGACGUUGCUCUCCACCUUAAACAGGAAACAAGUAGAGAAUCCGUUGUUAAUAAAAUCAAG